AGAAGGCUACACAAGAUACUGAAAAAGACAUCACCGUCACUUUCAACCUCAAUCCUCGCAAACAUCUGAACCAGCAACCACUCCCCGUCAAACAAUCAAGCAAACCCCUCUCAUAACAGAGGUGUCAAUUCAAUAGAUACCACUAUCCCCUGACACAGAAGAUGUGAUACCUCAACACUGACUGUUGAUCAUCUCCAUUUACGGACCAAUAAUGAACGAGCAUAUCGCUCCACUCAUGCCACUGCCCGGAUUCAUGGGCUUGAUCCGUCCGUUUGCUCACUGAACUGCAGUGGACGCGUCGGCGCGUAUUUCUGUUUACUAUUUUGACUACUUGGGAUUCGUCCUUCAUUUUGGGUUUCUUGUGCCUCUUAUAUAUAUUACCUAGGCGUUAUAUUCAUUGACUUAUUAGAUCGUGUCGAACGAUUGUCCACUAAAUAUGCCUGCGCAAAAGAGGACCUCCACUGAUAUGAUGGAUCCUGCGAUCGCUACUGGCCAUGAUAAAGAGAAUCAGCCAGCGGCAGGAACAGCAUCACCGUCUGGAAAUACGCAGAAAAGCUGCGACGAGAUUCGGCAGGAGAUACGCGAUUUCAUCGCUUCAGGACAGAUGAACGCCAACGAGUUCCAGCGCGCAAUUAACGUGUCUCCGCGGUCAUAUUCUGAGUUUUUGAGCCAGGAGGGCGUCAAGGGCGCCCGGUCGGCGACGUAUAAGAACGCCCUGAAGUUUUUUGACAGCCGGAGCGGGGGACCUGUUGUGCCGUUGGCUGAGACUCAGCCUGCGGCAACUGCGGCAGGAAGUGCCCCGAAGAGGCCGAAGAAGAAUCAGCCAGCGAGUCCGGCCGCGGUUGAUCUUUCGGGUGUUCACUUGGAUGGAGAUGAGGAUGGGAGUGUGCAGGUCUUUGAGACGUGCGAUGUGGUGAGGAGGAAAAUCCGGGCGCAUUUGCGUAAGACCGGAGUGACGCAGGCGGGCUUCAUGAGAGAUGUUGCGAAGGCGGCGUACCCGCAGGGUACGAAGAGGCUGAAUGCGAAUUCGUUCGGGGAGUUUCUCAAGAAGAAGGGCCCUACCGCUGGGAGCUCAGGGACGGUAUUCUAUGCCUCGUAUGUGUAUUUUGAGAAGUUGAGGAUCAAAAAUGGAGAGCCGAAGGACGCCUUUAGACUUGAGAUGGAGAAGCUCUGGCCGAAUGGCUUCGAGCUUGAGAAUGUAGCUAACGGGAGGAUGUGGUGUGGUCCCAAUGUGAGACCCUGGGUUGACAUAUAUGGGAUGGUGCACUUUUCGUGACUGUGACUGGCGGCUCGUUUACGGUCCAUCUUGUUUGGAAUUGUUCGAGAAUUGU